CUGAUGGCUACGCAAAAUCUGGCGUCAUUUGUGGCGCAGUUGAGAUGAAAGAUGGACAGCUUGGCGCGGCAUCCCUCCUGACUUGUCUUUAUACGAUAUUGAUAUCAAUAAUAAUUACCAUUUACCGGUGUAUACCAAUACGGUAUUGUGAUUAAUUGCGUUAGGAUAUGUGAUAACAAUGAACCGCUGCAUAUUAUUCUCACCUAAACUUUGUGGAAGGUGUUGCCAAGAAAGCAGUUUGUUAAGCCGAAGAUGGAAGAGCAAAAAAGCGGAUCACUGGGCGAAUUUGAAGCGCCGGCAGACGGGGCCAGCGCUGGCAAUGAAGCACUUUGACCACUUCUACCCGGAGACUUACGGCGCGCGCUGGCGCUCGAUGCGGCUGGCUCUGCUGUGUCGCUCCAAGCCGGCCGCUCUGGUCAACCACUUCGGCGACGUAGCCGGCACGUGCGACCGGCUGACGGAGACUGGAAGUAUCGACCUUACGGCAGAGCUGCGCAGUCAGAUCUCUCGGCUGCGAUUGUCUGGCUCCACGGUCGACCAAACCCCAUCUACUCCCUCUCCUCACUCCUCUCCCACCUCUGCCACCUCUGCCUCCGCUCCUGAGGAGGAGGCAGACGCGGCCGGUCGGCUGCGGGUCCUGGAGCCCACAGACGUAUCCUCCGCCGUUCUGCACGACUACGUGCCGGCCAGUCAGCUGCACGGAGAUGAUGACUGGCUGGAGGAGGGCGACUACUUCCAGUUCGCGCAGGAGGACGGCAGUCUGCGAGUGGCCGUGGAUCGGGACGGACCGAUUACCAUCCCAGAGACGCUGAGGCUCUUCAGUUACCCGGCCGGAGACAUCUCUCGCUUCCCUCACCCGCAGACCUCCGGCUCGGGGGCCAAAGACUACUACCCGAUGGACGCGGCGUCUCUGCUGCCUGUACUGGCGCUGGACGUACAGCCAGGGGACUCUGUCCUGGACCUGUGCGCGGCGCCCGGUGGGAAGGCACUGGCUAUCCUGCAGACACUGCGGCCAGCGUCACUGGUGUGUAACGACGUCCAGGCGGGUCGGGUGCGUCGGCUCAAACAAGUGCUGCUCGACUACCUGCCCGAGGCCGACCGGUGGCCCUGUGAGGUGAAGGUGACCAAAAUGGACGGACGCCGCCUCCAGGACAGGGAGCAGUACGAUAAGGUGCUGGUGGACGUGCCGUGUUUCUCCGACCGGCACGUGCUGUCGGAGGAGGAGAACAACCUGUUCGCCAUCAGCCGGUCCCGCGAGAGGAUCCAGAUCCCGCAGCUGCAGACGGACCUGCUCAGGCGGGCGGUGGAGGCGGUCCGCCCGGGCGGCACGGUCGUCUACUCCACGUGUACUCUAUCUCCGGUUCAGAACGACGGCGUGGUGCACAUGGCGCUGAAGAUGUUGUGGGAGGACACGGAUGUGCAGGUGGUGGUGAAGGACAUGACGCAGGCCAUGCGACCCUUCUACGGCGCCUUCUGGUUCGCCCGUGGCUGCGGAGUCAAGUAUGGCCAGAUGGUGCUGCCCUCUGUGGUCAACAACUUCGGACCCAUGUACUUUGCCAAAAUUGUCAGGGUGAAGUAGUCUUGGCUGUGCUCGGUGUGUAUGUAUUUGAAUGUUUUUAUAAAAUAAAUACUAUGUACAUUAA